AAAACACUUACCAAACCAAAAAAAAUAACAAUAAAAUAACACAUUUACCAUUUCAACGUUUUUCUUUUGAAUAAUCCAAUUCCAAUUCCAAUUCCUAUGAAAAUAAACUCAAAGAUCUAACUUCAAACUGAAAUUUCCGACGAAGAACGCGUUUUUCGUCGAUGGCGAUCCUCUACGCUUUGGUAGCAAGAGGCACGGUGGUUCUAGCAGAAUUCAGCGCCGUCACCGGCAACACCGGCGCCGUAGCUCGUCGCUUACUCGAGAAGCUUCCGACCGAAUCAGAUUCGAGACUUUGCUUCUCGCAAGAUAGAUACAUAUUUCAUAUUCUCCGAUCCGAUGGCCUUACGUUCCUUUGUAUGGCGAAUGAUACCUUUGGAAGGAGAAUCCCUUUCUCAUACUUGGAAGAUAUCCAAAUGAGGUUUAUGAAGAACUACAGCAGAGUUGCCAAUUAUGCACCGGCUUAUGCAAUGAAUGAUGAGUUUUCAAGGGUUUUGCAUCAGCAAAUGGAGUUUUUUUCUAGUAAUCCCAGUGUUGAUGCCCUCAAUCGUGUGAGAGGUGAAGUUGGCGAGAUACGCACUAUAAUGGUGGAUAAUAUUGAAAAAAUAUUGGAGAGAGGUGACCGGAUUGAACUUCUAGUUGAUAAGACAGCAACAAUGCAAGAUAGUUCAUUUCACUUUAGAAAACAAUCGAAGCGCCUUCGAAGAGCUCUUUGGAUGAAAAACUUCAAACUCUUGGCAUUGUUGACAUGCUUGAUUGUUCUUCUGCUGUACUUUUUAAUCGCUGCUUGCUGCGGUGGCAUUACUCUACCAUCAUGCAGAUCUUAAUUGUCACUCCUGCUGGUUAUAUUUUCUGAGCUCUGCAAAGAUCAAGAAGAUUCCUGUCAAUAUUCUACAUUGGGCACUUCAGUGUUUCAGAUUCAAAAUUAUGAGCUGGGUGAGAAAGUUUGUAAACGGUCCAGAAACAGUUACAUAUGGUUUCAUGCUUUCGCCGUUCUUGGUUCUGUAUUAUAAAGAUUACACAUGAAAGCCUGCAAAGAUACUAUUUUGUGAUCAUAGGGCCCUAAUCUGUAAAUGAGGAUUUUUACUAUCUUUCUUUCAAGUUCUAGGUUUAAAUUAAUUUUCGUACACAUUAUAUCCAUUUUAAUGCUUUUGUA